CUGACAAUAACUUUUCUGUGACUGAAAUUUAAUUCAUUCAGUACUAGAAGGCAGAAGGUCUUGAAAAUCAAACUGAAAAAUGCUAUCUGAAAAUGACGGUGAUUGCCAAGAAAGGAUAAGCCGACGCGUCGAAUUUAAGACAAGCUACAGUGUUGAAAGUUUAACAUCAGGAAGUAGCGACGGAGAAUCCUAUUCGCCGCGUUUGCCUCAUGUAAGGAGAAGGGACAGUCUGUUACAAAGAACAAAAUCCUUCAGUCAGAUCAUCCACGAAAUGGGCUCAAACACAAAGAAGUUAGAAGAAGAAAUGUAUGGACUUCUACGCGAUAUGGAUACCCUUCGUAAUCAGAACCUCAGUACUGGCCGGCGGCUUCAACGUCUACAGAGAGUGUCGGGAGCGAUGAAAGAACAACUACAGGCCUUCAGUCCUGUGCGGUCAGCAGCGAGUCAUCGACAUCUUAAUCACACGAACAUUAUGACCAUGAAUGAAAAGAGAAAUUGUUACUCAAUAGAAAAUCUGCCCACAGAAUCAACUUGAGUCCGAAAUAAGGGAAAUUGGCUAUUGUAAACAUCAAUUUUAUGGAUCAGCUGGCUUUGUUUAUUCAACAAUUAAAAGAAUCAGUAACACAGGAUUCCAAUAAAAACAGAUGUAGACAGUCAUCUAGUCAGUAGACUGUUUUCGUGUCCAUCUUUGAGGUAAAUUCAAUCCGAGAAAGGAGUCAUAGUUUUAUUAAGUUUUGAUAAAAGUAAAUGAGGAGACUUUCCGUGGUUUUCUAUGUGUAGUUAUUGAAUCCAGUCAAGAAGUUAUCUACUUGUAAUUGUUUAACUGGAGUAUUUACUGAUUAAAGUGAAGUGUGACUAUA